GUGGCUUGUGCUGCAGUCUCUGCACAUCUCUUACCUCCUCCCUACAGGAGCUGAAGGGGAGCAGGGUGUGCAAAGUGCAAGGGGAGGAGGAGAGAGCCUAGGGCAGCUCUGCACUGUGACCCAGCCUUGGCUGUGAGCUUGUCUGCUGUAUGUCUGAGACUGGGAGGCUGCCCCUCCAUAUGUGCGUGUGUGUGUGUGUGUGUCUGCGUGCUCUACCGCCGCCACUGCUGCCCUUUGAUCCUUGCAAUAGUGUUAGGGGCUUGAAGACACACAGGGAGCAGCCACAGACACGGCGGCAGCACAAGCUUCCUCAUCAUGAUGUAGCCCUUCCAUGCACAGCACACAUAUAGAUCAGAUCCCCCCAUUGAAGAAUAUUUAUUACGGCUGGGGGAGGGAGGUGAAAGGGAGGACAAGCCAGGUGCAACGACCAAGCUCCCCUGACUCCGGGAACCCGCAAGAGCCGCUCCGAUCGUUAGAUCUGCACCGAUCCCCCCCUUCUUCUUUGAUUUUUUUACCAUCUCGGAGAAUGUGAUCGACUUGGAUAACCCCCCCUUUUCUCCGAGCCAUCUCUCCAAGAUCGGAACCAUAAGGGGGACAAAAUGCCCAGGAGGAAGCAGGAGCAACCCAAGCGCCUGCCUUCACAUGGUACCAGACGAGAAGAGGUUGAAGGGGAAGUCAGUGAAGAAGAAACCUGGUUUGGAACAAAUUCAGAAACGCCAUCCGAAGAUUCAUAUGGUGAUGUUCCUGAUAACUUUAAAUUGUCUCCUGCUGAUCGGGGUCGAGAAUCAGCCACAUCUCCUGAUACCUCUUUAGGAAGUGCAACUCCAAGUUUGAGUACUGAUCUGAUAUUAGAAAAUGAACUUUUCAAAGAGGCUUCUCAUUGUAAGGAACACUUGUCAACUUCAGCAUCUUCAGUGGAUGAGGAUGACCAAGCAGGUCCAAACAAGCCAUUAAGUAGUAAUCUUCGGAGGCUGCUAGAAGCUGGCUCUGCGCAACUAGGGGCUGAGGUCUCUCAGAAUGGUAGGGAUGACUCGUCGGGUCUUCAGUUUUCUCCUACAUCCCACCAUGCAAAACAACUCAGUGUUCUUGCCAGAAAGCUAGCAGAAAAGCAGGAUCAUGGUGACCAAUAUGGAAGUGUACCAACUACUCGGUUUAUUUGGAGCCAAGAAAGAUGGCUGCAAAACUCAAAUAACACAUGUGGCCUGUCACCAGAUUCUGCUAUUCUAAAACUGAAAGCUGCUGCUAACGCUGUUCUUCAAGACCAAUCACAGUUAAGGACUGAAGAACCCCUGAGGUUUGAGUCCUUUACUUCACCAUUCAAUUCUCAGUCAGCUAGUUCCACUUUGGCAGCUUUGUCCAAGAAAGUCAGUGAACGAGGUAUGACAUCAGGACAAGAGCGUCAUUCUCCAGCUGGCCCAUUCCUUUCUCUAGCAUCCAUGACUUCAUCUGCAGCGCUUCUUAAGGAAGUUGCUGCGCGGGCUGCUGGUAGCAUGCUAGCAGAGAAGAAAAAGCCCCACAUUUCGGAAGACACAUUGCCACUGCCCGAAGACAAACAAGAAAAGGGUACGUCAGUGCAAUCCUUAGAACUGUUACUGCUCCCUUCACCAAAAGGACGGUCUUCAAAAUCUGCAAGCCAAGCUCCAGAAGAAGAAGGAGGAAAGCCUUUCCAAUGCCCCAUCUGUGGACUAGUAAUAAAACGAAAAAGUUAUUGGAAAAGGCACAUGGUGAUUCACACAGGUUUGAAAAGCCAUCAGUGUCCACUAUGCCCAUUUCGUUGUGCCCGCAAGGACAAUCUGAAAUCGCACAUGAAGGUCCAUCAGCACCAGGACAGAGGGGAGACUUUCCAAUGUCAGCUCUGCCCUUUCACCUCUUCGCGCCAUUUCAGCUUAAAACUCCAUAUGCGAUGCCAUCAGCACUUCCUACGGGCAGAGGCCAAAGUGAAGGAAGAGCCCAACGAUGUCGACAUAAAAGGAUCUCCUUUUAAUAACUCUUUGGGAAGCCAUGAUGAGGGAAGUACCUCACCUGGUCAGAACUCUCUUCUUCCUGAACAGUUAAGCCAGAUCAGUUCUGUACCUGCCAGUUCACUACAUAUCAAAGAGGAGCCUAAAGACAGUGACUGCCCCUCUGUGGUGCCCUUCAUUGAAAGACCCAACAGCAACAGCAGCAUGAAGCUAAAAGAUACCUUGGACUUUGUUACAUGCCCCUCAUCUCUUUUCAGCCAAGAUAUCUCUGUCAAGAUGGCUUCUGAUUUUCUGAUGAAAUUAUCAGCUGCAAAUCAAAAGGAAACUCUGACUCUGACCGUUAAAGUAAAAGAAGAACCUAAGGAUGAAGAGCUUAGCAGUUCCCUGUCUCCACAUUCUGGUUAUACCUACAGCCAUGAAUCCGAGGCACGCCUCUCCAGCACACCAGAUAAAGCCAAGACCAAGGAAACACAGCCAAACCUAUUGACACAGGAUAUCUCUGUCAAAGCAGCAUCUGAGCUCCUCAUGAAGCUUUCAGCGGAAAGUUGUAAAGACACGCAGACUGUGAAGAUUAAAGAAGAACCCAUGGAGGUUGACAUCCCUGACUCCUCCGUCUCCCCCAGACAAAACAUUGGUUACAGCACUUUAUUAAGGCAAGAAAAAAACGAGCACUUGCAGAAGAUGCCAGAGUGCAGAGUUAUUCCCGAGGGGAACCUCUUCAGCCAAGACAUCUCUGUGAAGAUGGCUUCAGAACUUCUCUUUAAAUUGUCAGAGAAAGUCAGCAAAGAACACAAUCAUAACAAGUCAAAUAUAAUCAGGACAACCAGCCCAUUUUUCUCAGAAGAAAAGUUUAGACAAUCACCCUUCACCUCAAAAGAGCUCCCAAAAAAUGACACUUCUCUUCAAGGACGACCAUCUUUGUCAGAUGCAGAGCCACUUGGGCUGGAAGCAGGCAGUGGGUUAGCUGCCUGGAAACUCAACGAGCAGCUCUAUCCCUGCGAUGUCUGUGGAAAAGUGUUUGGCCGACAGCAGACUUUAUCCCGACAUCUGUUAUUGCACACAGAAGAGAGAAAGUAUAAGUGCCAUUUGUGCCCGUAUGCUGCAAAGUGCCGUGCUAACUUGAACCAACACCUGACUGUCCAUGCAGUGAAGUUGGUGAGCACUGACGCAGAAGAUAUUGUCAGUGCUGUCAUUUCUGAGACGGGUGACAAAAAGAAGAACCCAUAUUUCUAUAGUUGUCAUGUGUGUGGCUUUGAGACUGAACUGAAUGUCCAGUUCGUGAGCCACAUGUCCCUCCAUGUAGACAAACAACAAUGGAUGUAUUCGAUUUGCUGCAGUGUUUGUGACUUUGUUACAAUGGAGGAAUCUGAUAUGAGGACCCACAUCAGCACCAAACACUCAAGUGAUGAAAGAAAGACCCCCAGUGAAUCAAUAAGCCCCUCUUCCUCAUCACUUUCUGCACUUAGUGACUCAGCCAACAGUAAAGACGAUUCUGACACCCCUUUGAGAAGCCAGACAUCAAACAACUUGUUAGUUAUUUCAGUAGGGCCCAAUGCCCAAUCCUGUGUCAGCAGUGAAGAAAAGCCAGACAAAGGUUUUGAAUGUGUUUUCUGCAAUUUUGUCUGCAAAACAAAAACCAUGUUUGAACGACACCUGCAGAUUCACCUGAUCACACGAAUGUAUGAGUGUGAUGUGUGUCAUAAGUUCAUGAAGACACCAGAACAGCUGGUAGAACACAAGAAAUGCCACACAGUCCCUACCGGUGGGCUCAAGUAA